AUGCCCAACCUUAAGAUUAGUCAUAAUGGAGGAGAUGUGGAGAGGAAAUGCAGAGUUACACAGCGACAUCUCUUUCAAUAUGUGACAAAGUUCUACCAGCAUGUCCUGGCCUUGGUGUUUGCCAUAAAGGAAAUCAAUGAGAAUCCCAAGAUCUUGCCCAAUGUCUCUGUUGGGUUUCAAAUCUAUGACAGUUAUCUCAAUGCAAGGAUGACCUACCAUAGAACCCUUGACUUGCUUUUCAAAUCACAUAUAUCUGUUCCUAAUUACAACUGUGAUACACGGAAAAACCUCGUAGCUGUCAUUGGGGGGCUCGAUGAAGAUAUCUCUUUCCAUAUGGCAGACCUCUUAGGUCUCUACAAAAUCCCACAGCUUACGUAUGGUUCAUUUGCCCCAGAAGAGAGAGAUGUAACAGAGUUCCCUCCCUUUUACCGCAUGGUGCCUAAUGAAGAAGUCCACCAGACUACUGGGCUCAUUGACCUGCUCCUCCAUUUCCGGUGGACUUGGGUUGGGCUCAUUAUUAUAGAUGAAGACAGCGGAGAACAUUUCUUGAGCACCCUGGAGCCAUUGCUUUCCCAGAACAGAAUCUGCUUGGCAUCCACUGGGAGAAUCCCAAGCCAUAUGAAAUGGGAGAAUGCACAAGAAUUAAUUGGUUCAGUCUCACAGAUCUAUGAGACUUUUGCAGACCACAAAAGCAACACAUUUAUUCUCUAUGGGGGAUCUUUGACUAUAAUGUCAUUGAUCAGUGUGAUGGUUUUUGACUAUAUGGGAGAUGAGGAAAGGUAUGGAUUCAGGAAGGUGUGGAUAGUGACAGCCCAAGUGGAUUUUGCAUUAGUCACUCUUCAAAGGAUGUGGAAUUUCAACUACUUGGAAAGUAUUCUUUCUUUCACAAUUCAUUCUCGUGAUGUUGCUGGCUUCCAGAAUUUUCUUCAGAACAUAAGACCUGGCCAGAUGCAAGGAAAUGGUUUUCUGAAAGACUUUUGGGAACAAGCCUUUGACUGUUCUUUUCCUAACUCCCAGAGUCCAAUGGCAAGCAAAAAGACAUGUACUGGAGAGGAGAAGCUGGAGAGCCUUCCUCAUUCUGUUUUUGAAAUGCCCAUGACUGGACAUAGCUACAGUAUCUAUAAUGCGGUCUAUGCUUUGGCACAUAGUUUACAUGCCAUGUCCACACACAGAUCCAAUCACAGAAUAAUGGUCGGUAGCCAAAGAGGUGAAACUCGGGAGCUCUGGCCUUGGCAGCUUCACCCAUUUCUGCAAGACAUUGUCUUUAACAACUCAGCUGGAGAAAGGUUGUCUUUUAAUGGCAAGAAGGAAAUAAGAGCUGCAUUCGACAUAAUGAACUUGAUCACCUUCCCCAACCAUUCUUUCCUCAGAGUGAAAGUUGGAACAGUAGAUGCUGAUGCUCUUGAAGGAAGCCAAUUCAACAUCCAGGAAGAAAUUAUUGAGUGGCACACAGGUUUUAACAAGACGGUGCCCAAUUCUGUGUGCAAUGACUUCUGCCAUCCUGGCUAUCAGAAGACAAAGAGAGAAGGAGAGAAAUUUUGUUGCUAUGAUUGCGAUCCAUGUCCAGAUGGGAAGAUUUCAAAUCAGAACGAUAUGGUUGAUUGUGUCAUAUGCCCAGUAGAUCAAUAUCCAAGCAAGGACAGAGAUGGAUGCAUCUUCAAAAGCAUUAGCUUCCUGUCGUAUGAUGAACCUUUAGGGGCUGCUCUAGUCUCAUUUAUUGUUUCCUUUUCCCUUAUCACGAUAUUCGUGCUAGGGAUUUUUAUAAAGUGGAGAGAAACACCCAUUGUUAAAGCCAACAACAGGGAUCUCACCUACACUCUCCUGGUUUCCUUACUGCUCUGCUUCCUCUGUUCUUUGCUGUUCCUUGGACAACCUUGGAAGGUGACCUGCUUACUCCAACAAGCUGCUUUUGGUAUCAUCUUCUCAGUGGCUGUUUCUUGUUUGUUGGCUAAAACAAUCACUGUUGUUGUAGCUUUCAUGGCCAUCAAACCAGGAUCCAAGAUGAGGAAAUGGGUGGGGAAAAGAUUGACCAACUCCAUUGUCCUUUUCUGUUCCUUUAUACAAUCAGCUAUAUGUAUCAUAUGGUUAGGAACAUCUCCCCCUUUCCCAGAUUUCGAUAUGCAGUCACUGACUGAAGAGAUUGCAGCCAAAUGUAAUGAAGGGUCUGUCACCAUGUUUUACACUGUCCUGGGCUACAUGGGACUUCUUUCCAUCAUCAGCUUGAUUGUGGCUUUUCAAGCAAGGAAGCUGCCAGACACUUUUAAUGAAGCCAAGUUCAUCACUUUCAGUAUGCUGGUCUUUUGCAGUGUUUGGCUGUCUUUUGUUCCAGCCUACCUGAGCACCAAAGGGAAAUACAUGGUAGCUGUGGAGAUCUUCUCUAUAUUGGCUUCCAGUGCUGGGUUACUCGGUUGUAUCUUUCCCCCCAAAUGCUACAUUAUGAUUCUGAGGCCUGAGCUGAACAACAAGGAGCAGCUAAUAUGGUUGAUUGUGUCAUAUGUCCAGUAG